AUGGAAGUAAAAAUUCAGAAGUUGGAAAAUGUAAUAAAUGAAGUAGGAGAAAAUGUCAAAGAGAAAGAUGACAGAAUAAACAAGUUACAAGCACAGAUAAGUAUAAAAACAGAGACAAGUGAGCUCACCCAACUGCAAGCCAAACUGAAUGAGAUGGAUAAGUGCCUCAGGACUGCCUUAACAGAGAAUCAGAGUCUUCAGGCAAAAUUAGGUAAAGGUUCUGAGUUGUACAAAGAAGAAAUUGAUCAUCUCAAAACACAAUUGGUAAAAUGUGAUAUGGAAAGAAUGAAACAAUCCAACUUUUUUGAAAUGAAACUUGCUAAUUAUAAAGCUCUGUCAGAACACCGAGAACAAGAGUUAACAAAGCUAAAAGAAGAACUUAGAAGAGCACACCAAGACCAAGAUGUUACUGUGCUGAAAGAAGCAGUUCCUCAACAAUCCCAAAUACCCCUUACUUGUGGUGGUGGCAGUGGUAUUGUGCAGAGCACACAAAUACUCGUGCUAAAAUCUGAGCAAGCUAAGAUACAGAAAGAAAACUUGCACCUGAAGAAACAAAAUGACCUUCUACUAAGUAAUGAGCGUCAGCUGAAAGAGGAACUCAGGAAAUGGAAAGAAAGAGCACUAAAAUGGAGAGAACGAUCCUCAAGAGAAAAUACUCGAGAGACAGUACCACAGUCUCCAAAAAAGACAGUAUCAUAUUUCUUUAAAGAACAAAUGCUUUCACCCUCCAAGGAACCUAUUUCUCAGGAAAUUGUGACUCAGGACCUAUCAAAACCUCUGCCACUGAGUUGUCCAACAAAUUUCUUUGAUAAUUCCAGCCUCGGUAUGCUAACAGAUACAUGUCCUGCGGCCACACAGUCCACAGAAGAACAUCUUAAGCACUUGUUUGGGACUUCAGAGAAAGAUAAGGCCCCUGAUUGUAGCACCCAGUAAAGGUGCUGUGUUGGAAGCUGCCUUUGCAGUGGCUACAACCAGAAUCUGCAUAUACAAAAGAUAAUUGCUUCAGGUUAAAAGCCAUCAGCCUCUUCCAUCCCUGCUGUCUUGGAGUUGCUACUUCCCACGAUUGGGAAACUGGAAUUUGAGGUCAAAAAUGGAAAAGUAGUCAUGAUGUCCACAACCUGCUUAUCUGAUGAUGUUCUACUUUGGUGUUUUGAUGUUGUGGGGGGUUUUGAUGGCAAAGAAAGAAAAGAUACUAUAUUGAAGAAAAAAAUGGAAAUGGAUCAUAAACUAACCUACUGUGAAAGUUCUCAGUCUUAAACUUUUCAUUCUGUCAUUCCUAAAACAGCCCUCUUCUGGAUGGUUGAUAUUUGUAUCUUCUGACUGCUGUUGACUUGGAAAGAAAUAUUCUUUUUGUUUCUCAGCAUGUGGUUUUUAUACCAUGCUUUCUCUAAGUCCCCAGAAACUGCAUUUUCACUACAAUCUAGAACUGAAGUUACUAAUUUUCUGUUUAUAGAGCACACAAUCAGGGUUCCUCUUAAACUCCUUAGAAUGUUUCUGCAGCUCAGCCAAUUAUGAUACCAAGAGUAACUUUGAAUUUUGGACCAUCUUUCAAUAUAUCUGUUUGAAGUUAUGUAUUGGAGGUUUUUUUAAUAGUAAGCAAUGGACUUAAUGCUCUUCUGCUACUCUUGUGAAUUAAAUGUACACCAGAUCAUUCGGGCAAGAUGGACUCUCUUACUAGCCUACUUAUCUGUAUUGUGAGAAUGUUUUUAUGUAUGCUUUAUAUAAGAAAGUUUGACAAUAAACUUUCAUGUGUUAAGUAUUUAAAUUUUUUUCUGUUGUUCACUUCACCUGUGGUAUGAUCCAAGGAUGUUGAUUACAAUAUUCAGUGUCUAAAGGCUAUUUUUUAUACUAAUCUCAUCGCUUCCAUCAUUAUUAUGCUUCUUGUCUCUGUUCUCUGUAAUUUUUUGCAGCAAUUACUUGUGCUGAAGCUUACUAUUGCACAAGUCUGUCACUGGAGUUUUGUUUAAUUCUUUCUGAGUCUUUCUC